AAAAAAACAAUAAAUACAUUUUAAUUAGUUCUAAACUCAUCAGUUGUAUUUUGAACUUUCGCCGAAAACAUUCAAUAAAUAUUUCGUAAAAAAAAGUAAAACAAAUUAAAAAAUGUUUAAAUUAUUUCUCUUAACUACUAUAGCAAUUGCAGUUGUAUCUGCAGGACGUCUGAGACGUAAUGAACCGCCUACCGAAAAAGAUAUAGUGGAAAGUGGUUUGGUUAUAGCACAAGAUGGUGUUAAGAAACUAGAAGAAAUUGCCACAAAUUUAUUAAGUGCUAAAAAUAAAGAUGAACUAUUGGAAAGAGGAGGAGCCAUUUGGGAUCAAGUUAAAUCUUUGGCCAGUACCAUAACUAAAACUACGCAAGAAUGGUCGGACAAUACUUCGAUCAAGGAAAUACGUGAAAUUGCCGGUAGUACGGUAGAAAAUAUCAAAUCUGAACAUCCAGUUUUAACAAAUGCUAUCGCGGGCAGUGUAGAAAAUCUCAAUAAAGUGGGUAACGAUAUUAUUGAUAAACUUAAAUUGUUGAUUGACGAUAAAGAUGUAAAAGAUGUAACGAAUACUUUGAUUGAUACUGCUAGUAGCGGUGUAACUAUUGUCAAGGAGCAACUGAAAGAUGCGACUCAGACUCUAAGUCAAAAAUUACAUAAAGAUGAGGAGAUAAAGAAUGUGGCAAAUGUAGCAGAUAACUAAUAAACAAUAUGAAUAAUUUAAAUAUUUUAAGGAUAAAAACAUAAUUUUAAAUGUU